AUGACUCUUACCAACAACCCUGACGAACCAGGUCCUUCUGAUACUCAUUCCGAUAGCGAUGAUUCCAGCAGAACUGUAUACUUCUCUCCACCGGAGACUCCACAAGGAAAUGUCACCGCCACCGAGACCAACAGCUUCAGUCAACUCUGUCUUGACGGCGUCCCUGUCAAUCUUAUGACCGCCGACUUCAAAAACUAUCUCUUCUACACCUCGAACUUCCGUCUCCAACAAGCCAAAGAAAGCCGUGUUAGUCUUGAAGAUAUUGUCGUUGGUGAUGAUUGCCUCCCUACUUGGUCCGGUCGUACUUGGGACCCUGCUUCAGAGUCUCUACACCACAACAUCCAGUCUCGUCUUGCUGCUCACGAUGAAUCCCAGCAAGCUAACAAGCUAGGCGCGGCAGCAGAGGAAGCGAUCCGAUUCCUGCAAACUGAAGACGAAGAUGAGUACCACACUCCAGAUCUCAGAGAAGAUGAUCUCGUAUCUACUGAGGAUAUUGAGGCUGAACAAGUCCCUGACACUGAAGGGAUUUGGCCAUGCGAAGGCGCGAUGGCCGAGUUUCAUGAUCAUUCCAGCUUCUUAGGCCCAUCAUUUUCCUCUUCCUCCGACACUGACAGCGACGGCGAGUCCGAACCCGAAGACCAACCAAGCCCCAUCGAAACCUUCGACGACAUGGUUCAAGCCGAUGCCAUGUUCGAUCCCGAGCCGCACUACCCUGAUUCUGAUUCUGAUGAGCCAACCAUCUUCCACGGCGCCCACGUUGUGGGAGUUCCAUCUCGAUAUGGCGACGUUGAUCUCGAGAUCUACGAGGUAUACGAUGAUGAGGACGUUGAAGAUCUCCCCGAGAUGGAGCUUUGCCUGGAGGGAGACAUUGAUGAAGAGCUAUUCAACGCUGAGGAGGUAGUUGAUGUUGAGAUCGAAGGGAGUCAGCUCAUUUGCACCGGUGCACUUUUUGAGGAAGGAGAAGAAAUGGAUUUGGAUGAUUUACAGAUCGGCGGUGCUAGUAUUGGUACUCGAGAAGAUGGAGACGGUGCGACUAUGGAACUUUCUCGUGGGUGUUUUGGGAAUGAGGUGAUUCAGCAGCGGAUUGGCGCCGAGAACGAAACGGAUGAUGGUCUUCUUUCCAGCUCUCAGGAGGGCCCUGUUGCGGAACAGGCGAUUUCAUACGAUUGGACUGGCGAUAUUUUUCGGGAGACUGAGGAGGGGUUCUCAUGGUGA